GGUACAAAACAACCAGGCUCAUCUCCUAUCUCUCCAAACCCUCUUUGUCACGCGUGCUGCUCUUUCUCUCCUACAGUAUCUUGGACGCUGCCAGAGAGCCCUCAUCAGCAAGAUGCCUGAGAAUGUACAAGAGAGAAAAUCAAAGAUAUCAGCCUCAAGGAAGCUUAUGCUGAAGAGCCUGAUGGUGGCAAAGGCAAAGGAGGAACUGGAGCAGGAGAGUCUCGUCAAAGAAGAAGAAAAACAGAAGUACCUAGCAGAAAAAGCUGCUCCUCUGAACACAACUGGUCUAAGUCUUGCGCAGCUGCAGGAUCUUUGCAGAUCGCUCCAUGCAAAGAUUGAUGUUGUUGAUGAGGAAAGAUAUGACAUUGAAGCCAAAGUUAUGCUUAACACACGUGAGAUUAAAGACCUAAACAUCAAGGUUCUGGACCUCAGGGGGAAAUUCAAGAGGCCUAACCUUAGACGCGUGCGUGUGUCUGCUGACGCCAUCCUUCGUUCUCUGCUGGGUUCUAAGCACAAAGUCUCCAUGGACCUCCGAGCUAAUCUGAAGUCGGUCAAGAAAGACGACACUGAGAAGAAGAGGCCGGUGGAGGACAGCGAUUGGAGGAAGAAUGUGGAGGCCAUGUCUGGGAUGGAGGGAAGGAAGAAGAUGUUUGACGCCGCUAAAGGCUCUGCUCAGUGAAGACAGAAAGAUGGCUAUCUUCCCAUUUGCUGUUGUUGAUCUGCUACUGUUCUUUGCAGUCUAUGUGUCUUUUUUCACAUUUUAUCUUUGAGUUUGAUUCUGUCUUGAUUGUGAGAAUAUGUCCUCUAAUUUUCAUCCUUUGUGUUUGAAUCGAGGUUUCCACUAAAGGUAGAUCAAAUUUAUCGAAUAAUUUAGCUUUUUUUGUGUUUGACCACUAUUUUAACCUAAUUAUAAACUUUACACUUGAUUUCAAAAUUGCUUUUUGUUAAAGUAUGCUGCAUAUUUAGAUAAAGCUAUUUAUCAUGAUAAUUGAAAUAAUUAAUUAAUAUUGCAAUGUUGGUUUGUGAACAGUAGCA